UGUGUGUGUAUCUAUGUGUGAUUGUUCUCCCCCUGGAUCUUGAAGGGAAGGAGGACUCUCUCCACUCUUCUCUUGGCUAGUUCCCUUUCUGCCCAGUCUCUUUUUUGUUGAUGUGUGAUUGCCCCUUUUUUCCCUGUGAGAGAGUAAGAAAGCCUUGUCCCUUGACAUUUUGUGUCUCCUUUUUCCCCCCCACAGGUCUUUGUGUGUGUGUAUCUAUGUGGGAUUGUUCUCCCCCUGGAUCUUGAAGGGAAGGAGGACUUCUCCACUCUUCUCUUGCCCCUUUUUUCCCUGUGAGAGAGGAAGAAAGCUUGUCCCUUGACAUUUUGUGUCUCCUUUUYCCCCCCCACAGGUCUUUGUGUGUGUGUAUCUAUGUGGGAUUGUUCUCCCCCUGUAUCUUGAAGGGAAGGAGGACUCUCCACUCUUCUCUUGGCGAGGCUGCAGCUUUGUGCGCGCUCUCGACUGCCUGCUUGUGUAUGUGGUUUGUGUGUGUGCAUGUUGUGUGUGUGAUUGCGCCUCCUCCCUCCUUCCUUCCCUCCCUCCCCAACCACUGGCAGGCAUCAGCAGCAGCAGUGCCCUGCCUUCCUCCCUCUCUCCUCCUUCCUCCUCCUCCUCACACACAGCCAGAGCCAGCACAAUGGCCUUUGAAAGCUUGUUCUCCAAGCCCCCAAACCCAAUUCUUGACCAAAACAUGCCCGACUCUGACAGGCAACAUGCAGGGGACGAAAGAGAGGAUGGUGAACUUGAGGAUGGUGAAAUAGAUGAUACGGGAUUUGAGGAAGAUAAGGAUGAACAAGAUGCAAAAGCUGAAGAUAAACAGAAAACUGAAAAAGCACAUAGGAAAUCCCGAAAGAAGCGCAAAAAAGAGAAAGAGAAGAAAAAAUCAAAGAGGAGAAGACGAGAAAAACACAAGCACAAUUCCCCUUCUAGUGAUGAUAGUUCUGAUUAUAGCAUCGAUUCUGAAGCUGAACGUUCAGAAAGAUCCCAUAAGAAAGGCGGCGGUUUCUACAGAGAUUAUGAGUCUUCUUUUCAGCAUGGGCAUAUUUCAGGGAAGUAUACCCCUUUGCAGAAGACACUGCAUAUAAAAAAAUCAAAAAACAAAGACUAUGACGAUUAUAGUGAUGACUUUGGCUAUAAUGAGGAUGAAAAAGAGGAUUUCGUUGACCAGCUGAAACAAUAUAGACAAGCUAAAGAGAGUUCAAAUAGUGAUUUAGACUCUCCCGUUUCAAAAGAACUAAUGAAGAAACAAGGAAUGAAAGGAAUUCAGAAAGGUGCUGGGCAAAAUAUCAAUAGUUACAGUAUGGGCCGAGGGCGUGGCAUGCAAAAGAAAUUGAAGCGUAAAGACCGUGGAAGGGGAAGAGGGAUAAAUAAAGGACUUGAAGAGGAAAUAAAGCCAGUGAAGAAAUGGCCAACUAUGAGUCAGGCGUUUAUAAACCAGCAUACUGUGGAACAUAAAGGAAAACAAAUAUGCAAAUAUUUCCUAGAGGCACGGUGUAUUAAGGGAGAUCAGUGUAAAUUUGAUCAUGAUGCAGAAAUAGAAAAGAAAAAAGAAAUCUGCAAAUUUUAUAUACAGGGUUAUUGUUCCAAAGGGGAGAACUGCAUUUACAUGCAUAAUGAGUUCCCUUGCAAGUUCUAUCAUACAGGAGCCAAGUGCUACCAUGGGGACAAGUGCAAGUUUUCUCAUGAUCCUCUAACUAAAGAGACUAAAGAACUACUUGAUAAGGUUUUAAAUAAUGAGGAGGAGCCACAAAAUGAUGAUGAGAAAGAAGUUGAAGAACUUAGGAAGCGUGGCAUAGUGCCUCUUCCUAAACCACCCCCAGGAGUUGGACUUUUGCCAACUCCACCAGAACCAUAUUCCUUUACUGAGGAAGAUGCAGAAGACUUUCAGGAUCCCUCUGGUGAAUUCAAGAAAAUCCCAUCUCUCUUUGAGAUAGUUGUGAAGCCAACUGUGGAUUUAGCACACAAAAUUGGGAAAACUCCACCAUCCUUCUAUAAUAGCACAUCACCACCGGGACCAGAAUUUGAAGGAGACAAUGUGUACAAUGCAGAGUCAAGCCCAGGACAUAAUGGAUUGUCAGGACUUUCAAAUUCUCCUGGGCAUCCUUGUGCAGGUCCAGCAGUGCCACAGAGCCCUCCUUUGCAGCCAGGCCCUCCAGGUUACUUGGGGCCACAGGGUCCAGUUGGUGGAUCUGUUCAUGGACAGCAAGGUGGUCCACCUUUAACAUCACCUGGAGCAUCCUAUGGCUGUGCUAGUGCUCAAGAACAUAUAGCGACCAUGCCCAGAGACGGUCACUGUGCACCUGGUCCACCGUAUCAGCAGCUUGCUAGUGAACGAAAACCAAACACCGGUUAUGAGCCUCUUCAGAAUCCAGCCAGUUUCUAUGACAAUUAUUAUUCACAUCAGGCGGUACACAACUUCCAGGCAACCACAAAUGUUGGUGAUGGUACAUGGAAAGGAGAAUUCACAGAUCACCAGCUUCACCACACUUCUUCACAUAACAGUGGAAAUGAGUACGAAUUAGAUUGUGCCCCUGCAACAGGACACAAUUCAGCUAUUAAUGUACCAGACUUCCUUCCUGCAAUGCAGAAGGCCCUUUUCGUUAGGCUCAGUCAAAAACAACAAGAUGAUGGAGAACAAAUGAGCAAUCGUUGUCAAAGGUCAUUGAGUAGAGAAGAAGAUGAUAAUGUGAAUUGGUACUCAAGUAGUGAAGAGGAAGAAGGAAGCAGUGUUAAAUCAAUACUGAAGACCUUAAAGAAACAAAGUGAGACAUUCAGAAAUCAACAGCAUUUGGCAGACCAGCAGCUGAGUGUUGUGCCAACUGACCCAAGACUUGCUAAGGAGCGAGUCCCAGGAAUUCAGGCCGCUGAUCCCAGGCUUAGGUCCACCUCAAGAUCCAAUGCUCGAAAAGCAUCCGAUUCAGCAGUUUUGGACCCAAGGCUCUCCCGAGAUCCUAGGACGUUAAAAGUUAAUGAAAGUAGUCAUGUGAGCUCAUCAGCAAGUGGAGCUAAGAUGGACUUGCAUCAUACGCAUCCUAGUGUCAAAAUCAUGCAGAAAGGAGUGGAUGAAGAUGAUGAGGAAACAGAACGAGAACUGAGAGAGAGACCUUUUUUGAUACCAUUAGACCCUCUUCCUGGAGUAACAUUGCGGGAUCCAAGGUCUCAACUUCGGCAGUUUAGCCAUAUUAAAAUGGACAUCGUUCUGAACAAACCCAACUUUGCGAAACAUAUUGUUUGGGCUCCUGAAGAUUUACUUCCAGUACCUUUGCCCAAACAAGACCCAGUAUCUUCCAUCAAUUUACCUCUUCCUCCACUCAUAGCUGACCAGAGAUUUAAUCAAUUAAGGAAUAUCAAAAAUGAUUCCAUUCCGAUUGCAGUUCCAGCUGACCCACGAUUAGUGGCGAAAGCAAAAAAUACAAAUUUGGCAAGCAGGAGUAUUUCCCUGGACCAACCUGGAGAUUCACAUCCUGGUAAAUUAGGAGAUCCUCGCUUGCAGAAGACCAUUGAUCCCAGAAUCCAUAGAUCUUCCAGUACAGACACCCACCACGGGACACCAAAAGACCUUUUGCCUCCUAAACCUGAUCCUAGGUUGGCUAAAUCCAGCGGUGGGACAUCACAGUCCUCAGAAGCGGCAACCUCUCAGACUGAUCCAGACAUGUUGCCUCCAUACGCACCCAAGUUAUCCUCUGGCACACGUCUGGGCACUCCUAGCUCAAUACUGAGUGGCAUCAGUUUGUAUGAUCCAAGAAAUCAAACGUCAUUAGACCCCCCUCUAAUUAAUUCAGGGGAAAAUGGAGAGAACCAGAAAAAGGGUAUUUUGAAAAACUCUAGCCAAAGUGAAACUACUGUAUCAGAAGAACAGUUGCUUCCAAAACCAUCUCCACAGGUGGAAAAGAAUCUGGAAGGAUUUGGAGAAGCCAGUCUGGAUAAAGUGGGUUGCGCCAGGAAGUCCCCAGCUAAACGCUCCAGUUCUGCACCCGCCGUGCACAACCUUCCCAUCCAGGCUCUGUCAGGGUUGAUCAGACCACAGUACAGUGAUCAGAAGCAGGCAAGGCAGCCUGGGCAGACCAGCCAAGCCCCAGAGAACGACCCCAGUGGGGAUUCGGAUGACAAAUCCCUGAAAGAGGUCUUCAAGACUUUCGACCCCACUGCUUCACCUUUUUGUUAGAUACUUGUUUACUAAGACUUUCCCCAUUAUGGAUAAUGCAGGUUUCUGCCGUUUUGUAACUGGUUUACCUCUGUGCUUUAUUUAUUUUUAAAUUAUAAACAGAAACACUUUCGGGCUGCUAUUUUCGGAACCACAUGCAGUAAUCCAGUAUGCUAUAGUGUUUGCCAAGUUGGUAUUUUCCGCAUAAUUUUCCCAUUUUGAGGGAGAUUAAUCAUUUUGUAAGACGUAUAUCAUGUUAGAUCUGAAAGAAGCACUUUCAUUGUAAAUAGACAUCACUGAGGACUGACUUCGACGACUUGUAUAUGUGUAAUGUGUCUUUUCAAAAUUACCAUUUAGCGAAUGUUUGCCACUUUUGUAUGAUUGUACAGGUUUAAGCAAUAUAAUGUACAGUACUGUGAGAGACAGUAUUUAAGAUGACCGUUAUUAAGUGUAUGAAAUCCUACUAAAUAAGCAGAUUUAAAAAUUGAUCCUUUCAGAGCAGUUGAAACGAAGUAUCAUUUUUAUUCAGUAGUCUGAUUCUGUUAGGCUAAAAGAUAUUGUAUUGCAUAUUAAGGAGAAGAAACAACUUUUUAAAGUAUUUUAUUCUAUGCUGUAUAUAGAAGAUAUUGCAAAGGAAAUAACUAAAACAUUACUGUUAGAGUAGAAAUCACAUACACAUUACAUGUAAAAAUGCAUUUACUUUUUUCAUGUAUACACUGUUCUCAAUUAGUGUCGUGUCCCAUUGUGGUGUUCAUGUAUUCAGUGUAUUUUUGUAUCCAGCUGCUUAAUUUGUAUUGCUUUUUGUAUUGAUGUAAUGAUGGUAACAUGUAUUCAUGUGUCUGACAUUUUUAACAAAUUAAAGAGUGAAAAUCUCUUGA